UUGGUUGUCUCUCCUAGCCCGGCCCUCCUUGUUGUCCGCUCUAAGAUUUUAGCCACGCAUAUGAGUGUGAACUGAUACUUUAUCAUAACUUAAUUAUAAUUUAGAAAGGAUUCGUUGACAUAUGCGAUUGAAUGACAUAGGAUUACUUUGUCAAGGAGUUAUUUUAUGUGGCUCUUUUUUGCAGACCAUGAACCCCUCGGGCACGCUCCUCCAGAAACUGUUAUCUAAGACAAUCUAGUUUUCCUGCAUAUUUCCCUAAAGACACUUAUGAAGUUUCUUGUUGUGAAAUUGCUGUACUGCAAUGAAGAAAAGGAGAAAGGUUACUUCAAAUCUUGACGAGAAGAUCCAUCUAGGCUAUCAUAAAGAUUCUUUAGAAGGAAAUGGUGCAGUUGAGUGUGACGAAGUAACCUAUACUACAGGAAGACCAACUCCUGAAGCUCUUCACUGUUACCAGGACCUUCCACCCUCUCCAGAUCAGAGGAAGCUUUUGAGCUCUUUGCAGUAUAAUAAGAAUUUACUGAAGUAUUUAAACGAUGACAGGCAGAAACAACCGUCUUUCUGUGAUUUACUUAUCAUCGUAGAAGGAAGAGAGUUCAGUGCACAUAAAGUAGUCGUUGCUGUUGGCAGUAGUUAUUUUCACGCGUGUUUGAGCAGAAAUCCCAGCACAGAUGUUGUCACGUUGGAUCACGUAACACAUUCAGUUUUUCGGCAUUUGCUUGAAUUUCUAUACACAUCAGAGUUUUUUGUGUACAAAUAUGAAAUACCUCUUGUUUUAGAAGCUGCAAAAUUCCUGGACAUUAUAGAUGCAGUUAAACUACUAAAUAACGAAAACGUUGCCAGUUUUCAGUCUGAGUUAACUGAAAAGUCAUCACCAGAAGAAACGCUAAGUGAAUUAACUGGAAGACUAUCAAAUAAUCAUCAGUGCAAGUUCUGUAGUAGGCAUUUUUGUUAUAAAAAGUCCCUAGAGAACCAUUUGGCUAAGACCCAUAAAAAAACCCGUUUAUUGGGGAAAAACCAUGGGUUAAAAAUGCUGGAGAGAAGUUUUUCAGCAAGAAGAUCAAAAAGGAAUCGAAAGUGCCCUGUUAAGUUUGAUGACACCAGUAAUGAUGAACAAGAAAGUGGUGAUGGGUCAGACACUUUGAAUCAAGAGAAUUUUGAUAAAGAAAAGUCAGAUAGAAAUGAUUCUGAGGAUCCUGGAAGUGAAUAUAAUGCCGAGGAAGAUGGGCUGGAAGAGGAAAUGUCAGAUGAAUACUCUGAAGAGCAAAGCGAAAAAGAUCAGAAUGAUGCAGAAGAGAAACCGGAGGCUGGUGAUUGUGUGGGAAAUAUUCAUGAGGGGUUAACUCCAGUAGUCAUUCGGAACAGUAACAAAAAAAUAUUGCAGUGUCCUAAGUGUGAUAAAACAUUUGACCGCAUAGGGAAAUACGAGAGCCACACCCGUGUUCACACAGGUGAGAAGCCCUUUGAGUGUGAUAUUUGUCACCAGCGCUAUUCGACAAAGUCUAACCUAACUGUUCACAGAAAGAAGCACAAUAAUGAAACAGAAUUUCAUAAGAAGGAGCACAAAUGCCCUUACUGUAAUAAACUUCAUGCAAGCAAGAAGACUUUAGCCAAGCAUGUUAAGAGAUUUCAUCUUGAAAAUGCACAAGAAUUUAUUUCUAUUAAGAAGACUAAGAGUGAAAGUUGGAAAUGUGAUAUUUGCAAGAAAUCUUUUACUCGAAGACCACACUUGGAGGAACAUAUGAUUCUGCAUUCUCAAGAUAAACCCUUUAAGUGCACCUACUGUGAAGAACAUUUCAAGUCACGGUUUGCACGAUUAAAGCAUCAGGAAAAGUUCCAUCUGGGUCCUUUUCCAUGUGAUAUAUGUGGUCGUCAGUUUAAUGACACUGGAAAUUUGAAACGCCAUAUAGAAUGUACCCAUGGUGGAAAGAGAAAAUGGACUUGCUUUAUCUGUGGAAAAUCAGUACGAGAAAGAACUACUUUGAAAGAACAUUUGAGAAUUCAUAGUGGAGAAAAGCCUCAUCUUUGUAGUAUUUGUGGACAAAGUUUUCGUCAUGGGAGCUCAUAUAGACUUCACCUACGAGUACAUCAUGAUGAUAAAAGAUAUGAGUGUGAUGAAUGUGGAAAAACAUUUAUUCGUCAUGACCACCUUACAAAGCACAAAAAAAUACAUUCAGGUGAAAAGGCUCAUCAGUGUGAAGAAUGUGGAAAAUGUUUUGGUCGUAGGGAUCAUCUCACUGUUCAUUAUAAAAGUGUACACCUUGGAGAGAAAGUGUGGCAAAAAUAUAAAGCAACAUUUCAUCAAUGUGAUGUUUGUAAGAAAAUUUUUAAAGGCAAAUCAAGUCUGGAAAUGCAUUUUCGGACACAUUCAGGUGAAAAACCAUACAAGUGUCAAAUUUGCAAUCAGUCUUUUAGAAUUAAGAAAACUUUAACAAAACACCUAGUUAUUCAUUCUGAUGCUCGACCUUUCAACUGUCAGCACUGUGAUGCAACAUUUAAACGGAAAGACAAGCUGAAAUACCACAUUGACCAUGUUCACGGCAUAAAAUCUCCUGACGACCCUCUGGGUACCUCUGAGGAAAAACUUGUAUCGUUGCCAGUAGAGUACUCAUCUGAUGAUAAAAUUUUUCAAGCAGAAACGAAACAAUAUGUGGGCCAGACCAAAGUUUAUCAAUCAGAAGCCAAGACUAUGUUACAGAAUGUGUCUGCUGAAGUAUGUGUUCCAGUAACAUUGGUUCCAGUUCAGAUGCCUGACACUCAGAGUGAUCUCGUGCAUCAUACUACUACACUUCCACCAUCUUCUCACGAGAUCCUUCCUCCACAGCCACAAUCAACAGAUUAUCCACGAGCAGCUGAUUUAGCUUUCUUGGAAAAAUAUACGCUUACUCCUCAACCUGCAAAUAUAGUUCAUCCAGUCCGACCCGAACAAAUGCUAGAUCCUAGAGAACAGUCUUACCUUGGAACAUUACUGGGGCUUGAUAACACUACUGCUGUACAAAACAUUUCUAGUAAUGAGCAUCAUUCAUGAGUAAAUCUAAACAUUCCACAGACUUUUUGAAUGGUUGUAUGCUAAUGGUAGCCAAGAGCUGAUGGCUUUUAAAUUACUAGGGCUGCUACUUUUUUCUUUUCUCUACCUUCUCAAGUCCUCAGAACAGUUUCAAAUCAAAAUAUAUAUAUAUAUGUUUAUUGAACAUAAGAAUAUUUGGACAUAUUUUAAGGCCUGAUAUUCAAAGUGAACAGUUUUAGGAUUUUUAAAGAUUAGUGCGAAUUUUUAACGGUAUCUCAAACUUUUCAGAAUUAUUAGCUGCUGACAUUAUAAGGGUCUUUUUUUUUUUUAUUAGUGAAAAUUUUUGUUCUAUAAUCUCGUCCCUCUGUUCUCCCUUUCCUGUCAUCCGAAAAAGUUUAAGCAGCAUGAAGCCUUUAAGAAAGAAACAAAGAGUAUAUGUUGCUAAUUGCAACUGUUCUGAAGUUUCAUUAGUAUUUCAUCCAGAUUUUUUUUUUUUUUUGGAAAUUGCAGUUAGGCAUUUGAAUUUAUAAGGAAGUGUUGGCUAUUUCUCUGUUGCUUCCCAUCUGUCCAUAAUUCCAGAUUAUCAUUAUUCCUUAAACUUUUGACAAAACCAAGGCCAGAAAGCUCACUAAUGUAAGAUUAGUCUCUUUAAAUGACAUGUAGUAUUGAAAAAAUUAUCUAGAUAGUUGGUUUUUGCCUCUAUUAUUACAAGAAAUGUAAAGCACUAAAUUAUACAAGUUGAAAAUGUGUUAGAAGAGAAAUACAAAAGUUUUAACUCUAUCGCUUUCAAGGUAAGUUCACCUCUUGUAUUUUGCCUUAUAUUUCAGAAACAUUAAUAGUAUGUCCAGCAUGUAUCUUUAUUCACUAAAAGAGGAGCACUUAUAAACUCAUUAGUGAAAUUUAGUUGAACAAACCACCCUUGGUUUCAUUUACCUUUGCUGACUGAAACUUUGGGAAACAGAACCUGAGUAUUUCAUGUGUAAUUAUUUUGUUAGAAAAGAUGCCAAAAUUUGUGUCUUAACUAAACUGAAUAUUGUUUACUUUAUUUAAAUGGAACCACUACUUGUAUUCAGAUUUACAUGUAAUACAGGUUUUUAUUUUUGCUUUUCACAUAAGCAUAAUGUCUGUAAUUACCCUUGAUUUUUUAUUUUCUGUGAGACAGAAGUUGAGGACUUGGUGAAAGGAAAUAGCAGUUACAGGAAAACCUCACUGAUUAAAAUUAAUUGAGGGAAAAGCCAACCAAAAUUAAAAAAUGUGCACUUUCAAUAUUUUCAAGUCAGUUUAAACUCAAACUAGAAGGAUGAUGUUUCCUAGUAGUUGCUUGAAGGAUUAGAAUAGGUCAGGAUGAUUAAUUACUAGCAUGUCGUCUGUAUGUAAACUACUGGAAAAUAACAAUUUUGAAAGUUUUCCCUUUCAGUCUUGUUUACACUCCUAAUUGCUUUAAGCACUUUCUUCAUGUAAACUGUAAAGUUAGGCUCAGCCCUUGUGAAAAAAAUCACAAGUAAAAUAAUGAACUUUUAAUUAAUAAAAUAAAACCACUUAAUGGGAAAAUUGUUUGCUGAAGCACUUAACAAAUGGAGGUACUUUACAGGGACAUUCACCAUACUAGUGAAGAGAAAACAAGAAAAAAAUGUUGUGAAUUGAGGCAUUUAACCAAAGUAGCUCAUAUGAAUAAUAAAACCAACCUGAGUUUUGCCUCACUUACUAUAGGGGUUUGGUUGUAAUUAUCUUACAACCAGUGGACAUAGUUAAUGUGUUGAUUCUUCUUUUUAGGCAUUUUUAUUUACUUUUGUGUGGAAAUGUUAUAUCCGGGGUACUAGCAUAAUUGAGCUUGACUAUAUGAGGUACUAUUAGUCUGUUAGUCUGUCAAAUUGACUUUAAAGCCUACAUUUCUUUGUGAUUUUUAUCAUAAAGACAAGAUUUUAACUAAAAACCUUAACAUGGUGAAAAGAAAUCAUACCUAAAAAUGUACCCUGCCUUAUAUAUAAGCCAGUGUAGAAAAGUGUAGACUUCUAAAAAGGUAAAUGGCAUAUAUAUGUGUGUGUGGUAUAUGAUAAGUUUGGUGGCAGAAAAAAAGAGGGUGUUGCCUUUUCACAUUGAAAAAAAAAAAAAAGUUCAUUUUGCAGGUAUUUGCUUGAGGGUUCUUUUAAUAAUAAUGUCCUAAUGCUUUAAAUAUAUGAUUUAAUUUGUAGGAACCGGUUUACAUAGAGCUUUUCUGGAAUACAUCUCUUAUUGUAAAGUGAAAUAUAAUUGUAUUUAGUUAUUGUAAAUAACUUAAAGUUUUAUAGUGAUUUACUGUUUUAUAAAGUGCUUUCAUGUGUGUUAUCUCGUUUGAACCUUAUAACCAGCUCUAAAAUAGAAAGGUCAUGCUGGAUUCCCAUUUUAGAAAUGAAGAAUCUGAGAUUGAGAGAAGGGACUUAGUUAAACUUACGUGGUUAAGAAGUGGCAGAGCCACUAGUAGGAAAAGAAAACUAACAUUAAUGAGUGCUUACUGUGUGCCAGGCACCGUAUUCUCUCGUUUAAUCUUGAAGAGGUAGUAUAAUUCUUAUGAACAAUCUCAGAGGGCAAAAAAAAAAAAAAAAACCUGCCUCUUAUUCUCAAAAAUAUAAGAAAUUUUAAAAUUGUGAAAACCUUGUGGAUUUGGGCAAACUGAAUGUAUAUGAGUUUUUGAAGUUGGCACAAAAAAUACAUGAGGCCUACUCUUUUCAGUUGACCUUUUGUAAUGUUUGAUUUGGAGUAUUUUGGAUAAAUGUUCCAGUAACUCUGAAAUCCAUUAUUUCUGUAACUAUAUUUAAAAUUUUGAAUCUUGCAGCUACAUUAGCCUCACUCAGAAUUUUUUAUUUUAUGAUCAUAAUUUAUUGUUUUAAUUAUUUUUAGCUGAUAGCAGUUAGCACUUAACCUGUAAAUUGGAUAAUUUAUCAAGUGCAGAAAUUUGUUAACCUAAUCGGUUUUUACUUAUGUGCACCAAAGAAUUUUAGUAGGUGUUAAAUAGUUUAAAAUAAUUUAAAUUCUUUGUUGUGUCAAUAAAUACUUGUCCAAAGAAGCACAGUGGAUAACCUAGGAUUAUGGAUUUUUUUUUUUAAUAUUGUUAGUUUGAAAACAGACUUAAGUAUUACAUGUCUGUGUUUAUGUGUAUACAAAUAAGAGCAGACAAAAAUACUCUAGGAAUACUCACACUGACAAGCCAAUUACAAGUAAGAAUACUCAAGUUUUCGUUAACUGAUUGUUAAAUCAUUUAAAUGGACACUAUUAAAUGUUAAACAAUAAGCUUCUGUUUUACACUACACUAUUAAAUGAUUUUUGCCUUAGAAUUUUUUUUUAAGUCAAGUUGAGGUUAUUUUUGUAACAAACCCCACCUGUUUUGCAGCCUAAGAUACCAUUUAAAGUUAGGAUUUGUUGCUCAUGCCAGCAAGAUUUAACCAACAACUAUAAAAAUAGUGGUCUUUGUAUUCUUUUAAGUAACUUAGGCAUUUAUUGCUGGGCAGAGGACUAGCAAAAAUAGGAUUUUAAACUGGUGCUUUAUUAAGUGACUUCCUUUUUAAGUGAUGGUAGGUCAUGAAAUAGGUACACUAAUAAUUUUCUAUCAACCUUAAAAAGUGUCAAAACAUAUUUGUUGGGUGACUGUAAACUGUUAGUUAAGGGCUAAUAAUUUAAAUAUCAUUGAUUGCUUUUCACUCUAUAAUUACAGUCAAAUUAAAAACACAAAGUGAUAUGUUUAUGAGUUUGAAUGUUCUUCCCACCACAUCACUCUAAUAAAUCAUUGGCAAAAAGUCAGAUUUGGGGCAUUAGCUCUCUGACAGUGUCCUUUUAUAUCCGGUCUUUUUCUGGAUUGAAUGUUUUGUGCCUUUUCAAUGUGUUAUAGUUGCUUAGAGUUGAUUCUGCUGCCUAGGUUGAACUCGUUAAUAAAUGAUUGUUUUUGUUGCUGUUG